AUGAUCCUUCUAUUGCGCGCGGUUGCGUCGUUUUUCGUCCUUAUCCAUUUUUCAGCAGGACGAGCGGUGAACAUCAGCAACACGUGGGUGCUCCCAGAAGAGGGCUUCCCGGUGUUUUACCGCUAUUUCCGGGACAGAAUCUCGUGGUACGAGGCGGACGCCGUUUGUCAAUUUCAUCACAGCUACUUAGUGACCGCUGACAGUACAUCGCAGUAUGAUGCCAUCAGGGCAUAUUUGAAAGAAUUGGACAUCACCGAUAAUGUUUGGAUUGGUCUGUCAAAAAAUACAGAGAAACCUUUCACUUGGACGAAUAACCUGCAACCCUUAUUGAGCGAAGGUCAUUGGCAAGAACAGAUUCCUCAGUCGACGAACCCUCUAUGCGCCGCCAUGGACCCAGCCAAGGAUUUCUUAUGGAAAACAUUCACAUGCGGAGGACCAGAAGUGGCUUCAUUUAUUUGCGAAACACCAAUUCCUUCAUGGGCUGCGGGUCCCCGGGGAUGCCUGUUGACUGAAUUGCCGUCGUUGACUGUCCUCUACAUCCCGGAACAAUCCUCCGUGGAGUUGACGUCCGACUGCGGUCUGGACGGAACCAAGAGGAUAGCGUGCAAAGGCGAUGCGGAUAGAGAAGAAAUUUUAAAGCAACUAACUUGCGCCAUAUCCAGUGAAGAUUUCGAAGACAAACCCACCAAAUCCGGCAUUACUUCGCCCACAGCGUCCUACACACAAACCGAUGGAAAAACUACGAAAAAUUCAAUUUGGACUUCGAAUACCAUCGACCUGGAUUACGGCAUGCCCACUAGACACAGAAGAGAAACUGAAGAUACCCUUAGCGCUUCUUCCACUGAAAGUACAGGGAAAAUUACCUACACAUUGGAAACGUUCACUGCCACAAAUUACGACACAGAAGUGACGACCAUCGGUCUACAAGACCACUCCACAAUGGAACCAAUCGUUUUUAACAUCAGUUCCCCAUACGAGCUCGAAAUUAUACAAGACAUUCCGAAAAUAACUUCUACAGAAUCGCCUUCAACUAGUACUGUUCAAGAUAGUUGGCCUAGAAGUACAACUAUUACUUCGGAGAUACCUAGUACUGUAACACCGACUACAGUUGAUAUAGUAGAGACUUCCAGUACGGUUGUUAGUAGUACUAGUACAAGCGGGACUGUUUCGACGACAACUAUCGCUAGUGUUGUGGAAAAGGAUGUUGCUAUGGAGUAUCCGAGUGCUAUAAACCAAGGGCAGCUUUUCAGUAUCAUUGAAAAUGGUACGAUGUUUGACAUAAUAGAGUUAAACGAAACUACGGAACCGAGAGCCGAAACUUCAAAUACCGCGAUUAACCAAAAGCUGAAACCGUCUACCAAACUAUCUCAAUUAGAUAAGAACACUAAACUCGCCACAGAUUCCAAAAACAAGGCCCAAUCCAAGAAAGACAUCUACAAAAACGCCGAUCCCAAGAAAAAGAACGUCCAGAAGACGACAGAUGACAAAAAUAAAGAAAAAUUAACAGAUUUAGAGCUUUCAGAUAAAUUGUCUACAGAAAUGCCGUUAAAACAAAAAAGAGAAGAAAGAAACGAAAUUAAAGAACAACCAGAAAACAAAACCGAUAAAAUCGACACGAAAGAAGAAACCGAUCUUAAUUCCCAAGUAGAAAUGCUACCGAUAAAGCAGAUUGAAGAAGACAUAGAGCAAAGAGAAGAUAAAAGAGAACAGAUAGAAGAAUCCGAAUUGAAUAAAGACGUAGAAGUAUUCGAAGUAAAAAACAUAACGCACGUUAAAAUAGACGACGAUAUCGAUAAGAAGGAAGAACAAAUAGAAAACCUAAGAAAAGAAGAAAUUGAUAUAAACAAAGAAGUAGAAAUAUUCCCAAUCAUUAACGACAAAUCUACGCAUUUGAAUAGAACGUUCAGGAAAGAAUUACCGAUGUUGGCUGACGAAGCUAAACCAGUAGACGAAAACAAGAUAGAAUUACUAGAUAUCGAAGAAACUCCUCGAAAAAUUGAUAACGCAACAAAAAUAGAUCCGAAUAUCGACGCGCUAAACAAAAACAUCGCCAAAAAUAACGAUAGCGAAAUAAUUGGACAAAUUGAUAAAGAAAUUCUGAAGAAACAACUCUUACCGAAACCUCUACAAGGCGAAAAAGAAGAAGACACGAAGCGUACGACGCAAAAAGAAACGUCUACUGAAGAAACUAUCGAAAAUCCAGACAACGGGGACCAUCCGAAGCCGAACAGACAAAGGCAGUUGACCAGGCCACACGGAAGACCGUUUUAUCCCAAUUUCUUCAGCAGAGUAUUAGGAUGA